ACGAAGAAUGCAAAACAUGUUUCCUCCGACCUCUCUGUCUCUCACCCUCUUCGACUUGCCGGCUCCCCCCCAUCCAUUCCUGCUGACGCCCUACUACGCCUAUGACCGACCUGAUAAAGCAAAACCACAUAUUCAACCCACCGAUUUCCAUCGCAGCGCCACCUUCUGAACCUUACUCUUGACUCUAUGUCAAUCAAACUCUUUCGCCGCCAUAUUUCCAAUUUCAUACAUAGCACAUCCGUUCUCCACCAUAUCUGGGAUCCAAUAAACAAAAACCAUUGCCUGGACAUAAGAUAUAUAAAUCCAAAUGCCAAUCUACUUACUCGUUCUCUUACAUCCUUCCCAUUGGCAAAACAGAUAAACCAAAAAUCAAUAUAUGUUCUUGAUAGUAUUCUUCCAUUAAAGUCACAUGUUCGAUCAGCAAGCAAUUCAGCAGUAGAGAUGACAAUGGAUAAAGAUGUUGUCAGGUUUUGUAUCAGUAAACAGCUUGAAAGAUCUUCUAAUGGUUUUAACCAAAGAGAAACAAAACAAAAACGCGUUAAAAUGUCGAAAAAGGCCAAACUCAAUGAACUAAGAUUUUAUCGCUUGAAAGCAAAGAAAAAGAUGAGAUCCCCAAAUCCAGAAAUCAGGAUCUUAUACAGGCUUGGAAAGGCGAAAAGAAAGGAGGAAUGGUUGAUUGAGAAAUUAAGGAAAUUUGAUGUAAGAAAAGCUGCAGCUGAAGUAUAUGAUCCUGAAAUUUUAACAGAGGAAGAGAAGUUUUAUUUGAAAAGAACUGGUGAGAAAAAGAAACAUUAUGUUCCAGUUGGGAGACGAGGUGUAUUUGGGGGAGUAGUUCUUAAUAUGCAUCUUCAUUGGAAGAAUCACGAGACUGUUAAGGUUGUUUGUAAGCCUUGUAAACCUGGACAAAUUCAAGAAUAUGCUGAUGAGCUUACUAGAUUAAGUAAAGGGAUUGUGAUUGACAUAAAACCCAAUAAUGUUAUUAUAUUCUUUCGUGGAAAGAAUUAUGUGCAACCAGAGAUUAUGUCACCUCCAGACACCCUUUCGAAAGCAAAGGCAUUGGAAAAAUACAAGUAUGAACAGUCUCUUGAGCAUACAAGUGAGUUCAUCGAGAAACUAGAGAAUGAGCUUGAAGAGUACUAUAAGCAUAAAGCACGAUUCUCUAAAGAGAAGGGAAGUUCACCCAAGGAUUAAGUUGUUGAUGUUACAUGGUUCAAUAUGGGGAAUGGAUACAAGAUAGGAUGUGGAUGUUUAUGGACAAACUUUUUGGGGCUAUUUUUAUGAUGAAGAUUAGAAGGGUAUUCACGUCUUCUGUGUCGAGCUCACUUUCUUGCCCCACCUUGUGAUAGGAUCUUAAGGGUUGAGAGAUGUGAAUUAUUAAAUGAAUGACAUGGUCAAAAAUAUCAUUGGUGUUCUGUGAUUUACCUCCAUUUGAUGGACCAGACAAAGCCGAACAUAUUAUCUAUGUAACGUUUGGUAAAACUUAGGACAAAUCAGAACAAAAUUGUUAAAUAAACUAAGUUUGGUAACAAGAUGC